CCAAAAAACCAAAAGCAGACCAGAAAAAUAAAUACUCCCUACUCCAAAGAGAGAGAGAUAGAGAGACUGGUUUUGGAGAGAGAAAGCGAAGUGGGGAGAGAGAGAUAAGAAAAGGCAAACCCCUCCGUCGGCUAGAGCCAAGAGGAGAAGAAGGAAGCAGCAGCAGCUGGCGGCGGCGGCGGCCAAACCCUAGUCUACGUGCUGCGCCGCUGAGGGAGGAGACACGCGUGCGCCAUCGGUCGGCGCCAGGAGCUGCAGAUCCGCGGCCGGGCCGCCGGAAUCGGGGGAGAUCCCGCCGGGAUGGGUCCGCUUGGGCUGUGACCUCGCUCCCGCCGCCCGUUUCGUCUCAGGGGUUUUCGCCCUGCUAGGGUUCUAAGCUACUCGUUGGUUGUUUGGUGCGGUUUUUUCGAGGGGCGGUUGGGGCCCUGCGCUGGUUUCUACGGAGAUUUGGGAGGGGAUCUGCCGCCAAGGCGGGAGUCCUCCUUCGUCGUGAGCGCUGGAGACGCAGGGCGGGAUCGGGGGAGCCAUGUCGUCGCUCAGCAGGGAGCUGGUCUUCCUCAUCCUGCAGUUCCUCGACGAGGAAAAGUUCAAGGAGACGGUGCACAAGUUGGAGCAGGAAUCGGGCUUCUACUUCAACAUGAAGCACUUCGAGGACCUGGUCCAAGGUGGGGAGUGGGACGAGGUGGAGAGGUACCUCAGCGGCUUCACCAAGGUGGAGGACAACCGCUACUCCAUGAAGAUAUUCUUUGAGAUCCGCAAGCAGAAGUACCUUGAAGCCCUCGACAGGCAUGAUCGGGCCAAGGCAGUGGAGAUACUCGUCAAGGAUUUGAAGGUGUUUGCCUCCUUUAACGAGGAGCUGUUCAAGGAGAUAACGCAGCUGCUGACUCUGGAUAAUUUUAGGCAAAAUGAGCAGCUGUCCAAAUACGGGGAUACAAAGUCAGCCCGGAAUAUCAUGCUCAUGGAGCUUAAGAAGCUUAUUGAGGCAAACCCUCUGUUCCGAGACAAGCUUAAUUUCCCACCAUUUAAAGCCUCGAGACUGCGCACGUUGAUCAAUCAAAGUCUUAACUGGCAACAUCAGCUCUGCAAGAAUCCUAGACCAAACCCUGACAUAAAGACACUCUUCACGGAUCACUCCUGUGCUGCUCCUACCAAUGGAGCAAGAGCUCCUCCCCCUGCCAAUGGUCCUCUUGUUGGACCAAUCCCCAAGACAGCUGGAUUCCCUCCAAUGGGUGCUCAUGCUCCGUUUCAACCCGUGGUUUCACCAUCUCCAAAUGCAAUUGCUGGUUGGAUGACAAAUCCCAAUCCCUCCUUACCACAUCCUGCUAUUGCACAAGGGCCGCCCGGUCUUGUUCAGCCACCAAACACAGCGGCAUUUCUGAAGCAUCCAAGGACUCCUACAAGUGCGCCUGGCAUUGACUAUCAGUCUGCAGAUUCUGAACAUCUGAUGAAAAGAAUGCGUGUAGGCCAGCCAGAUGAGGUGUCAUUCUCUGGUGCAAGCCAUCCUCCCAAUGUUUACAGUCAAGAAGACCUCCCCAAACAAGUUGUUCGCACACUCAAUCAGGGUUCUAAUGUUAUGAGCCUGGAUUUCCAUCCUGUUCAACAAACUAUUCUUCUAGUUGGAACAAAUGUUGGUGACAUCGGGAUAUGGGAAGUUGGUUCACGCGAAAGGAUAGCACACAAGACAUUUAAAGUUUGGGACAUUGGCUCCUGCACCUUGCCAUUGCAGGCUGCACUAAUGAAAGAUGCUGCAAUAUGUGUCAAUAGGUGUCUGUGGAGCCCUGAUGGAAAUAUUUUAGGUGUGGCAUUUUCAAAGCAUAUCGUUCAGACUUAUACGUUUGUUCCUAAUGGAGAGUUAAGACAGCAAGCAGAGAUUGAUGCUCACAUUGGCGGGGUCAAUGACAUUGCAUUCUCUCACCCCAACAAGUCCCUAUCAAUUAUUACAUGUGGUGAUGACAAACUCAUUAAGGUAUGGGAUGCUCAGUCCGGACAAAAGCAAUACACAUUUGAAGGCCAUGAGGCUUCAGUGUACUCUGUUUGCCCUCACUACAAGGAGAACAUUCAGUUUAUCUUUUCUACCGCCAUCGAUGGAAAAAUCAAGGCAUGGUUAUACGACUGUUUGGGCUCACGGGUCGACUACGAUGCUCCUGGACAUUGGUGUACUACCAUGUCUUAUAGUGCUGAUGGUACAAGGCUCUUCUCUUGUGGAACUAGUAAAGACGGUGAUUCCCACUUGGUCGAGUGGAAUGAGACUGAAGGAGCUAUUAAGAGGACAUAUAAUGGCUUCAGGAAACGGUCACUGGGUGUUGUCCAGUUUGACACAACGAGAAACCAUUUUUUGGCUGCUGGAGAUGAAUUUGUUGUUAAAUUCUGGGAUAUGGAUAACACCAACAUACUGACAACAACAGACUGUGAGGGUGGACUGCCUGCAAGCCCGCGCCUGAGAUUCAAUAGAGAAGGGUCAUUGCUUGCUGUUACAGCAAACGAUAAUGGAAUAAAAAUAUUAGCAAACACCGAUGGGCAGCGUUUGCUGAGGAUGCUAGAGAGCAGGGCUUUUGAAGGCUCUCGUGGACCUCCUCAACAAAUUAAUACCAAGCCUCCACUGCUCACCAACCUUGGUUCUGCUUCAAAUGUAUCUAGUCCUAUAGCAGUGAACUCAGAGCGACCUGAUAGGAUGUUGCCUGCAGUAUCAAUGAGUGGACUGGCAUCUAUGGAUGUUAGCAGAACGCCGGAUGUUAAACCAAGAAUAACUGAUGAAUCUGAAAAGCUAAAGACCUGGAAGUUGGCCGACAUUGUUGAUUCAGGACAUCUUCGGGCACGGCGUUGUCCAGAUACAGGAGCAUCUCCAACAAAAGUUGUCCGUUUGUUGUAUACAAAUAGUGGGGUUGCACUUUUGUCUCUCGGUUCCAAUGCUGUUCAUAAGCUGUGGAAAUGGCAACGCAGUGACAGGAAUCCUAAUGGCAAGUCUACUGCAUCUAUUUCGCCUCACCUGUGGCAACCAGCAAAUGGGAUUCUAAUGACAAAUGACACAAGUGAUGGCAACCCAGAAGAAGCAACUGCCUGCAUUGCGUUGUCCAAAAAUGACUCCUAUGUUAUGUCUGCAUCUGGUGGCAAAGUCUCUUUGUUCAAUAUGAUGACGUUCAAGGUCAUGACUACUUUCAUGGCACCUCCACCUGCUGCGACUUUCCUCGCAUUCCACCCACAGGACAAUAAUAUUAUUGCUAUAGGAAUGGAAGACUCGACCAUUCAAAUCUACAAUGUCCGUGUUGAUGAGGUCAAAAGCAAGCUCAAGGGUCAUCAGAAAAAGAUUACCGGACUGGCAUUUUCUCAAUCAAUGAAUGUUCUUGUAUCUUCAGGUGCUGAUGCUCAGCUAUGCGUCUGGAGCAUUGAUGGUUGGGAGAAGAAGAAAUCAAAAUAUAUCCAACCCCCGGCAAAUCGCUCUGGUGCUUUAGUUGGCGAUACAAGGGUCCAGUUUCACAAUGACCAAACACAUCUUCUUGUAGUUCAUGAGAGCCAACUGGCAAUCUAUGAUGGAAAUCUUGAAUGCUCGCGCUCGUGGUACCCAAGAGAUGCACUGCCAGCGCCAGUUUCGAGUGCAAUAUACUCGUGUGAUGGUCUCCUGGUUUAUGCUGGUUUCUGUGACGGUGCUAUUGGAGUAUUUGAAGCCGAGUCCCUUAGGUUGCGUUGCAGGAUUGCACUUUCCGCCUAUGUGCCUCCUUCAAUAUCUAGCGGGGCAAAUGUGUACCCCAUGGUUGUAGCGGCGCAUCCCUUGGAGCCUAACCAGAUUGCAGUUGGAAUGAGUGAUGGGGCAGUUCAUGUGGUUGAGCCGCUGGACGCGGACCCAAAGUGGGGAGUCGCGCCUCCCCAGGAUAACGGAGCCCACCCGUCCAUGUCAUCAGCUCCAGCAGCAUCUAACAACCAGACGUCUGAUCAGCCAACGAGAUGACUCAGGCCACUAAACAAUGGUAGGACUCUAGGAGACAGGGAGAAAGAAAACAGUUAGAUUCAUGAGACAAGGUGAGGUGAUAUGUAUCAAUUCCACACCAUCUCCUUGCCACAGGUGGUGAUUGAUGAUGGCAUGUCUAGAUUAGUUUUUGGUUCCUGGUUGUUUUUUUGCCCCCAAAAUCUUAACUUCAUCACCUGGUGCCCUCUUCCUUUGUAAAGCUUUUCCUGCUCCCAGCUAGUGGUGGUUACUUAGAAGCCUUUAUUUGUUUUUAUUUAUUUAUGCUCCUUUAUUUGUGGGGGUAGUUAUUUUGUAGUGUAAAAUAUGCUUGUCAUGUUGGAUGAUGAUGAUAUUUGCUUCGCUUGUUGCCGCCGAUUCGAUUGGCUAUUUAGCUUAUUUAAUUGAUGGGAGGAUUUGUAGUGUAAA